AUGGAAAGCAUUAUGAAGGAGAGGUUUGUGGUGAACUUGUGCCUGAUGGAGGUAUACCAAGUGUUCAACAUACCCUUGGACAUGCUAAGGCCACUGAUCGUAGAGACCAAGCCGUUCAAGACAGGGCAGCAAGCUCCAGAAUCCAUCCAGGGCCAGCCUAUGGCCACCUGGCUCCCAAAACACAGGGUCUCCUUCCUGAUCUACGUGGAUCGGGAUGGCAACACUCUUAUCUUCCUGGACGACAAGCUGUAUCUGGCGCAUCCGGAUCUCAUGCUCUGCAAGGCGGUGCCAGCCAACUCCUGCUUUCUUGCUCACUACACGGAAGACCAGGUGACUCUGGAGGCCAGCGUGCCCAAGAUCCUUGUCUUCGACUGCCCCUUGCUGGAUUCGAAGAGUCUCAUGCAGACAAGCCCCUACGAUAGAUACAAGCUGCUGCUGGCAAACUGCAACAUGAAGCACUGCAACCCGAUCUACAGCCUGCAAUGGGUGGGCUUCGAGAGCAGCGUGGUGGAGAAGUAUGAGGAGCUCAAGAUCAGCCUCCCGCACGAGGUGGACCACAUCAUAAGGAUCAAUCAGGACCCUUUCACGCCCUCGAAGCUCCUGAAGAUCAGCGUCCCGCAGUGGAAGCCGCAGCCCAAGACAUGCCCAUGA